GAAGAAUAUACAAAAUAAUUACACCUUUUGCCCACCAGGUGGCACGUCACUGUCAGUGGUGGGGCGUCGCUUCACUCCGCGGCGGUUGCUGGCGGGUCGCGAUCCUCGCGUCGCGGCGCGCUCCUUCCUGGCGCGCUCUCAGUCACCAUCGAGUGUUCCGCAAGAUCCAUUAUCCACCAGGUGAAGCACUCUUCUUUGUCGCUCGCCGGUUACACGCAUCGAGAACGCGCCAAUGGAAUAAGCCGCGGCCGGUGACUUUGGGGUACAGUGCGGUAAAGAACGCGACGUAAGUGCGAGCGGUGAAAGCCGAAAGCCCUGACUCAGUGACUGUGAUUUUAGCAUUUAGGUUUACCUACCAGUUGGAUUAUCUUUUGUGGAUUUUUUAUUCUAUAGUGAAACAUGAAUAUGGAAGUGAAGCUUUUAGUGCUUGUACUUUGCUUUUGCGGGAUCGUGUCGGAAGGAUAUACCAAGAGAGUAAAAUCAAAACCAGAAAACCUAGAAGACACAUAUGGAGAAUUGGUGGAAGACUCGAGUAGAGCAGCACAUUUGGAAGAAACAGAUGUGCAAAAUGACGACUUCGACGAGUACGGGAUAGACGUCCCCGACGAACCAGAGGACAAUUCAGGAGGAACGGGUAGUCAAGAUGUUCCCGUUAAGAUCAUCUCCAAACCCAUGGAGUUUAUUGCCAGGAUAGGGGAUACAGUGUUGUUACCGUGUGAAGUAGACAAUCCAGAUGGCGUUACGAUAUGGCAAAAGGACGCCAACAGAAUCCUCUACCAGUCACACGUAAGGCUUACUGACAGGUCGAACCUGGCAGAAUAUGCCAACAACACCCUCGAGGUGAGGGUUAUGUCUGAUGACGAUUUCGGUCAAUACGAUUGCAAAAUCAUCCAAGCCAAAUCGAAUUCUGACGUUCUCAGCCAUAGGAUCGUCAGGGAAGCUCCACCUGUCAUUUUGGAAAUAAAGACCCGCGAAAAUAAGACUGUGUUCAAGGAGGGUGAUACGGCGACCCUGGUCUGCAACGCGACAGGCCACCCCACGCCGGAAGUGAUGUGGUACAGGGGGCGCGAGGGCGAAAGGCUAGGCAUCAAAGGGCAAAUGCUGACCAUCCCCAAUCUGACGUUCAAGAACGGGGGAUUGUACCGGUGCUUGGCAGACAACAAAGUCGGAAAAGCGGCGCAUGCGCAUAUCGAGGUCUUCGUUGAACAUAAGCCAGUAGUUAAUAUUGAGAAAUAUAUGGUUAACACUGCUAACGAACAUGAAGCUGAGCUGAAAUGCACAGUCAAGGCCUAUCCUGCACCCGAAGUUCUGUGGCAAAGAAAUGGAAAGAACAUUGAUGUCCACACUCCCAGGGUCAAGCUACGCAGCAAAAAGAACGAAUACAUCGAAAAUAUCCUAGUAAUCACCAACGUCCAGGAAGAAGACUUCGGUCAAUACACCUGUUAUGCCAAAAAUAGCCUAGGAAAAGUAGAAAAGGUCGUGAGCUUAGUGAAAACUCCCGCUAUACAGGAGUUUGUCAAACCUGAGAAACCUAACAAGGACGUGGUGUUGACGUGGAAAGUCGAAUCUAAAGCUCCAGUCUCGAAACAUGAGUUACAGUACAGGAGGCGAGGGGAUAGUGAAUGGCAAACUAUUGAACCAGAAGUGGCAAAAGAAGGUGAACAGAAGUACGUGGUAAAAUAUACACUUAAAGGACUAGAUGCAGGAAACUAUGAGACUAGGCUACGUUCAAAGAAUGAGCAUGGUUGGUCAGAUUACUCUCAAGUCAUGCCUUUCGAAGGAGUGUUGGCUAAACAUGGCUCCACUCACAAAUCUCACAAAAAACAUCAUCACAAAGAGAAAGAUCAAAAAGAUCUGAGAGAAAAACAACUUCCUCCAGCACAAGGCACUCCAGCACAGCAACAAGAAUUUGAACAAAGCUCACCACCUAUGGGAGCUUCCCAGAGCGGCUCUGAAAUUUCGAGGAUAUCUGCGAUUCUGUUUAGUAUAUCCCUACUCUUUCUCUUCCGAAUGCAGUGAAAGAAUCUUGAAACGAAUCAAAAUUAUUGAUGUCGACUCUUCCAAUUGCACUGAUGGGUAGCUUCUACACAACAAAAUACCAAAGUAUUUCAUUUGUCUUAGAAAUAAGUUAAAUUAUGAUGUCAGAACCUAUUUUUCGUCCUCUGUACAUAGUACUGAUAUAUAGUUCGCUGAUGGAAGUCGCGGGAGCGUCAGGUACUAACGGCCAAGAAACCUCAGUUUGAAAGACGUUAUUAGCGGUAUAUUCGCAAUGUAAAGAUACAUGGUUUAUUCUAAAAAGAGCAUGCACAGAUCGAAAUCUCUGUCCCAGCAAAAGUUACAACUGAUUAUGGAACUAGUAGUUCUCUGUACCAACACACAUUGGCUGUAUCUAAAUGGUUCUAACAGCUCUAGUUCUAAGUUAGUAGAUGGGAAUAUACAGAAUAGAUAGUAUCGAUCAGCUCUUCAUAAUAUAUUUUACGGUUUGUCAUACAAUAGUCAAGAAUCAGCGUCGACGAAAACUAAUUUUGGACAAAUUCAAGUAAAAAUGAAUAUAUGGAGUUAAUUAUAGGAGUCUCAAGAACAAGAAAUAAAAAGUACAUAGGCAAAUGUUGAUGAUUCUAAUGAAUGUAACGUUUUUCAUUCAAAAUACAAUAAAUUCUCUAACUUCCAGAAGACUGAAAGUAUGAUAAUUUUAAAUUAAGGUUAUGUUAACGACAACAGGUCAUGCAGUCCUCCAUCUUAACAGAACAGUUCUGAAUUAGUUCUAAACUAUACUUACCGCAGAAAAUAAUCCUGAACUCGUUCUGACUAAUUCGGAAUUGUUUAUUGGAACAUAGUGGCAUUACAUCUUUAUAUUUUUCUUUAUUCUUAUACUAUCCAUACUUUGAUGAUUUUCAUAUAAUUUGAUGGAUGAUGUAAAUGAACGAUUAAAGGCAUCACGUGAUCUUGACAUAUUCACAAGUUUUCGAUAACGGAUAUUUCAAAUAUCAAAAAGAAUUUUGAGGUCGAGGAAACAACUAUGAUUUUUUUUGUGUAAAGAGAGGUUUUUGGUCGUUAGUCUAUGUUGUUCUGUGAUAUCGUCAGAUAGGUGCAAAAUUGCGGGCCUCCUACAAAGUCUAAUGGAUGCACUGCAAAAAUUGAAUUGGAACAUUUGACCGUUUUUCUAACAUCCUAGUAACCCAGGAAAAUGUCUCAAAUACAUGGUUAUGGUCUUUCUGGUAUCCUACUAUACAUCAAACAAGAAUGAAGUAAAAAUAAUAUUGUUUCCUUCAGUAUUUAAGUUGCUAUUGCAGUACUUUAAAAAAGAUAAUAUUAAAUCAAAUAAUACUGACGAUACAGAUGUUUGUCUGCUAUUAUUUUUUAUACUUGGGCAAAGGAGGGGCCACCAUGCAGACACUAGUGGGAGUACACAUGUGAAUGUGAAUGUGACAACAGUCAAACUAGCACCUUAUUAAUAAAACUUACAUUACUAGACCCUGCGUGCCAAUACAUACAGGAAACAGAGCUUAUUAUUUUCAAAGCCAAAUGUACCAAUGUUGCCAAAAAUGUAGAUCUUUAUACACGAUGUACUGAGUUAUGUCUUCCUAUGUUUGAUAAUAUUUACAUGAAACUAUCUAAUAUAAUGUAACACUUGAAACUUAUCAUGUGCUUUUUAUGUUGAUAGGACUCCAUUGUCUGACCGCUAAUUCAAACAUUAUACAGUGUCCUGAAAGUUGGGUCUUUCCUUUCCAGAAGCACCUUCGUUUGAAAUAUCAAAGCUAAUGUGUGGUGAAGCAAAAAAUCAAAAAAAUAAAUGAUAGCUGUCUCGGGUAGGUUGAGAGGAAUAUGUAAGGGCUUAACCGUGUUCACCUUAGUUUUAUACACUAAACAUUUCAUUUGACCCCAAACAAAAAAGAAAUCACGAAGGAUCUUUAAAAACGUUCUGCAUGCACUCGCGAAGCUUCAGUAGCAUUUCGAAGACACUCGCCGUGAAUUAAAAUAAUAUGGACAACUCCGAUAUUGCUGUAUGAGUGUUCCAUUUUUGUUUCCUUUUUUGAACCUAUAUCUGAGGGUUUAGCAACACGGCCAGCGCCAGUGCCUCGAUUGAGUACUGAUGUGCAUAGUACGGGUUUACAUUUGACCUGAUCAAGGUCCAGGACCGCAUUAGGUUUGAUUGAUUUUGCGUAAAAUCAACGUAAUCUUGAGACUUUGGUGUAUAAAUAAUAUAUAUAUAUAUAAAUAAAGCGAUCUCGGCAUGCUACAGGACCGUUCAAUAUACCUAUAGUCGCAAAUCACUUUAUAGGAAAGAACCAAUAAAUGAAUUUUCACCUGGAAGAUAAAGAAACAAAAUACUUUUGUCAUUCUACUUGAAAAAGGCCAUCGUGGUGGCCGAAACACCGUACAAUAGACACUAAUUGAAAGAUAUGUGGUUUCAAUUAGCGGCGAGACAAUGGAGCUAAAGGCUCUCUGAUACAUCUCACUCAUAUUAGCCACUAAGUAUAGCUGUGCUGAAUGAAGAAACGUUGCUAACAAUUUAACGUAAUUCUAUAUUUUUCAAAUUUAUUUGAUAUUUGGUGCUAUAGUUUGAAUACCCGAUAGACCUUAUAACGAAAUAUGGUUUUCUCAAUUAUUUUUCUUAAAUAUGCGCACGUACUAUUGCUUCAUCUCAUUUCAUUUACGGUAAUCGCAAUGAAGAUGUUCAAUAAAUAUUAAGAACAACUAUGACAGGUAAUUUCAACAGAUUGUAUAAUUUACGCUUUUUGUACUGCUUGUAACCUCUACCUACAUAACUAUAUCCUUGAAACAAUGUACAAAUUACUGUUAAAAGAAAUCACUAUGAUAUUAGUUCGAUACCUAAACCGUUUGGCAAGAAGUAAUCAUAUUUCAUAUCAGUGUUUUGGUAUAGCAACUAGCGAUGCACUCUUACUAUAUCUUUAUCAAUAUGUUCGAUUCAAAAAUGUGUGAGUUGGUGGACUUAGAAGUAUAUGACAGCUGCUAAUUAACAUUCGACAAAAUAUGCAAGAUAUCUAUCAAAUCCAAAAAUAAUUAAUUUCAUUAAAUACAGUCUAUUAUUUCGAUAUACAUAUUAAAUAUCUCACAUUUUCAAGUUCUGUUAUGCAAAUUACAAAAGAAUUAAUGGAAAAACAAAAAACAAAAAUGAUGAUUUAAAGAAUGUCCCUCAUGUGUGUUUUCAAUUUGUAGUUACAAUGUUGUCGAAGAACCCCUGAUACUCCAGAAAACAGCUUAAUAAUUUAAUUUCACAAUGUUUUUUAUAUCUUUCGCAAAAUGAAAAUACUUACCCCACCAACUUAACUUGCGCUUCCGCAUAUUUUUGAACACCCAUUUAAAAUAUUCUAUAUUCAUCGGACAAUCUUAAGAUGCCAUAAUGUAAUAUUUGUUUAAGUUUGACAGCUGUUGAAUCGGCACUACAAAACUUAAUUCAGUAAGUUACCUGUAAUAUUUUAUACAUAAUAUUUUUAUAUGGAUUACGGAUUAAGAUUGGUCAGUAUUUUUGUCCUUAUGCUUUCGAUCUUCAAAUUAUUUGAUAGUCCUGUGGACAGUAGUGUCGUACAGAACUGAAGUAGUAUUUAUAUACCUUCUGUAGUAACUGUAAACAAAAUUUUCCAAAGAGCGAACUGACCUCAUUUGUCUUAUUUCUUCAUACUGCCUUCAAUUACUAGUUACACGAUAUUUGAAUGAUGAUAAGUUUUUUCAUUAUAUCUAUAGUGAAUCGAGUUGAGAGCGGUUCCCAUUUGUAUUAUUGAAGAACUCUCUUCUGUACUGCACUACAAAUCCUAAUAACGAUUCCCUGUUCAAUAAACAAAAUUCCGAUAAAUCUUUAGAAGUUGUCUCAUAUAAUUUUAUAUUUUGUAGUUAUACAUUUAGUGUGUCUUGAAGUUGCGUGUACAAACUUAAAGAAUAUAUUUGCAGGUAAUUCCAAGACACUCAACCAAUUUAGAUGUAGGUGAAAUGUAAAUACUAUUUUUGUUUAAUUUUGUGUGAUGUAACGUAUUUAUAUUUUUACAACGUUAACAUGGUUCCCUCGAUGUUAAAUGUUGAAGAGGUGAAUGACAACAAUACGUUAUAUUCUCGAUAAUUUUACCAAACACUUAUGUUAGAAAAUAUGAAGGAAAUAUUGAAAACAUAAUGUGGAGAUGAUUUUAAAUUACAUCAAGUACCUAUGCAAUAUAGAUUACUGAGUAUGAACAGAUUUUCAAAGUGUGUUUUUUCAUUGUGUUUUAUACUGUCCUGUUUCGAUCUGACUUAUACGUAUAAUUAAUUAGCUUUUUUAUUAUUAGUUUUGUAUUUCAUCUCUUCGACAAUUUUAUGGCUAAAAUCAAGAGCUAGUUAUUUAUUUUGUUUUCAAUUUUAUUAGGACUGAUAGGGGAACGAUGAAUGCCUUAUACUAAAGUUAAAAGGAAACGGAAAUGCAGAGAAUUUUAUUAAGAAAAAUACAAUGAACAUUUAGAUUGUUGCUUGAAACCUUUUGUCUCUAGGCAUAGACCUUCACAGGAUUUCCGUUAAAAAUUGGGAUAUUAAAGAAAUUCUGAACAAUGCGAUGCUUGAAAUUUUUAAUCGAAAUUCUUUGUGGGCUAUGAAAAUUGUAUAUGUAUGUAUAAUAGAAAAAAAUAAUUAAUCGCUGAA